AUGUUCCCCUCCGUCCUCCUCGCCGGCCUCCUCCCGGCCCUCGCGGCCCACGCCCUCCCCAAUAAUUUCAACCCGCCCGCGGCACGAUCCCCCUUGGCACCACUCCCUCGCCGCCCUCGCCGCCCGCCAAGCCCCCGCCACCGCCGUCUGGGUCUCCGUCGACACCAGCGGCACCCCGUCACGACCGUCACUCCCCACGAGACCACCAUUGACGGCACCCCUACCCUUGCCGACGCCGCGCCCAACGAGCACCGGUUCUCGAAUCCCCGCUCCCGCGAAUCCCACAGGCAAGACCCCGAGGGCGCCUUUGCUAGGUGCUUCAAGGACGAGGAUGAAGAGUUUGCCCCGUUUUGCGACCCUUCGUCUGAGUCGGAGCUCUACGUCGACCGCACAUACUACAUCACCUGGAACCCCGACUUCUUCAACGACACCCUUGUCAAGAGCAACGGCACCGCUUCGGAGUGGCGCAUCCGCCUCCGCGCCGAUCGCGUCGACGCCAACAACGGCUCCAUUGGUGCCAACGCCUUCGAAACGGCCGACUCAUACCCUGCCGCAUGGGGCGUCUACCCCUGGAAGGUGUCCUCCUCCGUGCUAGAGUCUAAGCAGCCCACCAACGUGUCCCUCCUCCUCCUCGCUCACCGCCAAGGCCAAGCCGAGACCGUGGAACACCGCGGCCCUACCGUUUUCGUCACCUACGCCCCCGCCUUCCAGACCCAGUCCCCACGCCUCCCCAAGAAGGGUGCUGAGCUCUACAUCGCCCUUCCCUCCGUCGCCGCCUUCAUCCUCAUCGUCGUCUUCGGCACCUGCCUCUGGAAUCGCAAGACCCGCAAGCUUAAUCUCGGAAACGUCAUGAGCCGCUCCCGCCACGGCUACGGUGUCGGCAAGGCUCGUGCCAAGAGGCUCGCGGGUAACGUUCGUAAGAGCAUGCGUCGCGGUGGCGACGAACGCCGCGUUAUGCUCGACGAGUGGGAGCUCCCCGAUCGUGACGCUGGCCUCGGCCUCGGCCCCGAGGACCGCUACAAGGACGCCCCCAAUGCCAAGGACUACCAUGACGUCCCGGGCAGGAGGGACAGUGAUGUCCUUGGCAGUCUCGCCGGUACCCCCGUCACCGACUCCUUCCCCCGCGGCGGGUCCAACCCUUCUGACGGCCCUGGCCGCAACGUCUUCAGGGACGAGCUCGAGCGCCAGGACAAGGAUAGGCGCGACUACCAUAAACGCUUAUAA